AUGGGCCAAGCAUUCUCCACCGAGUUCCCCGACGAGUCGCUGGACGUCAUCAGCAAGGAGGACGCCUUCUCCGAACUCAUCCUGGCCAUCUGCUGGGCCGGCACCUUUUAUGUCAUCGGCAUGAUCUUCACCACCGUCAAGAUCAUCGACCGGUGGCGGGGCCCGCGCGACGACAACCCGACGGGCUUCUUCUCUGUGCUGGGGGCACUCAUAUUAGCCUUGGCCUGGCCGGCCGUGCUGGUCAUUCUGGCCCUGAGCAGUCACUAG